UUGUUUUAUACAAGUGCGAAGUGCCUGAGAAAUAUUAGCCCCCGUUUGCAGGCUGCAGCAGCGAAUAGAGAAUGGCGGAGACGCAGCUCGGCGGCGUGGAAAUAUCGGAAGGCAUUGCCGGAAUGUCUAAAAAUGAGCUUUACCACAUCAUGUCUCAGAUGAAGGCAUUGAUUGAAAAAAAUCAGAAACAAGCCAGAGACAUUCUUGUUUCUAGUCCUUCAUUAACUCGCAAUCUCUUUCAGGCACAGAUAAUGCUUGGAAUGGUAAAGCCUGCUGAAGUGAUUCAAGGCAUUCCACAAGCAUCACAGAAUUCUCGGGAACCAUCAAAAUCAUCUCAGCAAUCUGAUGUCGAGGCAACUUCAACAAAAGAUGGUCAAGUUGAUGUAGAGGAUCAAAGAAGUGCAUGCGAGGCACAAGAUACUACAAUUAAACCACAACAAAAACAAACUAUAAUGCCAUUGCCAUCCUCUGCUACUCCUUCUUUAAGCGUUCAAUCCCAAACUCAACCAUCACAUCCUUUACAAUCAUGGCAGCAGCCUAUGGAGCAUGUAAGUUUUGAAGCAACAGCAGUAUCGCUAUCGCAACCCCCUCAGGUUCAAAAUUUCCAUCCUGCAAUUCAAGCGGCUACACAUCACACCCCAACUCAGUCACAACAACCAUUACACAUUAGUGGUAUAUCCCACAUGCAGCUCCAACCACCAUCGCAACCACAACAAAUAUCACCUUUCAAUCCAGCAUUUUGUCAUCAAACUCACUCUCAAAUGGGACUAAAUGGAGGUUUGCAGCAACCUGGUGCACCUCAGAUGCAUCAUGCACGACCCAUGUUUCAUUCAGGGCAUCAACAUCUGGCUACCAUGGGGCCUUUGCUUUCUCAGGGACAUCCAAUACCUACUCACCAACCAACUUCAUACCAGGGAGGAACUCCACAUAUACGGACGGAAAUUAAUCAAGUGCAAGCAGAUAGAGGACCUCCUUGGAUAACUGGCGCAAGGGACCCAACAGGAACACCACUUUUACCAGGAAUUCCGCAUUAUGGCUUCCAGAUUGGUACUGGCAGUCACCCACCUCGUCCCCAACCGCUAAGUCCUGGCAUGGAAACAGCACUACUUCAGCAGGUCAUGAGCCUGACACCUCAGCAAAUUAAUCUCCUCCCUGCAGACCAAAGAAAUCAGGUGCUUCAGCUCCAGAUGGCACUGCGCCAGUGAGGGAGUUCUUGAUUGUUAGAUUUUAAUAUGAUAUCCAUAGAUAUAUCAUCUUGCUAUACAAUUUAGAUUUAGUAUUACAGCACACUAAGAUCAGAGCAGAAAUCUUUACAUUAUUGUUCUUUUGUGCAUUACUGCAUACUUGCAAAUUGUGAUAAUUGAGUUUUCAAGUUACAUUAUGAAUACAGAGUUAUUGACUGCUUAUGUU